GUCGGAUCCCAAAGCAUGGACCGCCGCUAGCUAAUGAGGUGUCGUCGCAAUACUGAGCGAUUCAGCGCCCAUCCCAGUUCCUGUUCCGUCCAAGGCCCACGCUCGGUGAACCAAGAGUUCCAUCCUCGCUGUUUCGUUCCAUUUGUCUACCUCCCGUCAGUACCGUACCUCUUUGCCUCUGCCUAUCUACCAAGUAGUCCUCUGGGUCCCUACCUUACCUAUCCGUACCCAGCACCCAUCGCCCAAUGCCGUCCGUCGUAUUAAACUGGGAUGUAUCCCUCCUUGCCGUCCCCUUGGGUCCCUCUGGUGUUUUGAUGAGAGUUUUCGAUUGUUUCCCCCCAAACUUCUCGGCGCUCACAAACUCAUCGCCGCAAACUCACCACAAACUUGUUUACCAGACAAACCGUUCAGUCCUCAAUUUCCCGUGUCCGUACUUCACAGCCAUUGGCGAACUUGGUAUAAAGCUGUCACCGUUUCUUUUGCAUGCCAGCUGGCCCUGAUUUGUGUCAGUCGAGACCGAGUCCGUGUCCUCGGGUCCCUCUGUGUCACAAUCGUUCCGAGCGUCGCCGCAACCCUGUCUGUCACCUCUCUCCGCGAAUCUGUCGCCCAACUUAUUUCAGAGGAUCGCGGGAAUCGACUCCCGUGUAGUUCUGAGGCAUUGGGAAGGUGUGUACAAGUGCCUUUUUUACCAUCUUCUUUCCCUCAUAUCGAAUGCAUCUCCAAAGUAGCCUCCCGAAUAGUACUCCUUUGCCCCCAUAUCUUGUUGCCCCGCAGCUUCAUCGUCUGGCGCAUCCCUUCACCAUGUACCUGCCUUAGCCCAAUCUAGCUCAAUCUCAAGCUCGAGCACAGAUGGCUAAUGAAGGCGGAGUCUGCGAUCAACGAUGCUAGUGCUCCUGUAUCUCAAGCGGGUGAACCGCCCCCUUUCCUGGCGCGUGCGAUCCCCUUCACCCAUGCUAACUAGAAAAGCACAAAGUCCCCUCGACACCCGCAGACCAUCAACAUCUUUGUUCUGACUGCCAUCGCAAAGAUGAACAAAUUCAAGUUUAGCAACUGGCUGGGUACCAGCCCGUCACCCACCGCCGCAGAGGUUGAGCAGAAGAAGCAAAACCGACGAUCAUUCACCCCAUUCAUUACUCGUUCUCCCGCCAAACCCAGAGACGAUGUCCCCAAUGGAGCGCCAAUUUCAAAGCCCGCGCCUGUCGCCUCGGAGAAGCCUACGUACACGCCGUCGAGGUUAACGGAGCUUGCUAAGAAGAUUGCAUCCGAAACAGAGAAGCUGGAGAGGUACAUGCAAGAGAACAAUCUUCCAAUGCCUUCCUUGGAUCCAAAUGGCCCCAGCGACUUUCCCAAGCUUCCCGAGGACAUCCAAAAGAGUCGUAUGGAGAUUAUCUUUGCGACGAGAGAGCUCGAAGCAUUGGCUCACGGCCCAAGAGAGGAUGUUCGGUGGAAGACGUGGAGUUUUCAAGACAGUCUGAGCCUUCAACUUGUCAAUCACUUUGGCAUCGCCAAGCUCGUACCCAUCGACGGCACUAUCACACUGGCAGAGCUCCAAACCAAGACGGCACUGGAUCCUGUUAACCUUGCCCGUGUCCUGCGUCAUGUCAUGACAAACCGUAUCUUCCGCGAGCCGUCCCAUGGAGUAAUUGCGCAUACCGCGGCAUCACGCCUCCUGGCCGAAGACCAAGCUCUUCAGGAUUGGGUGGGCUACAACCUCGAAGACAACUUCCCGGCUUCUGCGCACGUUUUGCAGGCUCUUAAGGCCUAUCCAGAAGCCACGUCUCUCACACGAACCGGCUUCAACUUUGCAUUCGACACCGUAGACAAGGAGCCAAUGUUUGUCACCUUUGGCAAGGACCCUCCUCGCGCCAAGCGAUUCGGCGGUGCCAUGCUCAGCUUGACGGGCGGAGAGGGCUACGAGGUCAAGCAUCUCGUCGACUCGUAUGAUUUUGGAGAGAUUGAUGCCAGGGGAGGAACCAUGGUCGACAUUGGCGGUAGCCAUGGGUUCGUGUCGAUCGAUCUGGCCAAGAAGUGGAAGAACAUGAAGUUUGUGGUUCAGGACCUUCCCAAGACUGUGGAUUCGGCGCCAAGCCCGUUGUGCGACGACGCUCAGGUUGCAGAGCGCGUUCAGCUCAUGGCGCACGACUUUUUCAAGGAGCAGACCGUCAAGGAUGCCGAUGUCUACUUUUUCCGCUGGAUCAUGCACAACUACUCGACGCCCUACGCCAUUUCCAUCCUCAAGAACCUCGUUCCGGCACUCAAACCUGGCGCCAGAGUAGUCAUCAAGGACCACUGCCUCCGCGAGGCCGGACAGGAGUCGCCCUGGGACGAGCGCAUCAUUCGCAGCAUGGACAUGGUGAUGCUGGCAGUUCUCAACGCGCAGGAGCGCAACGAGGACGAAUACCGCGAGCUCUUUAGGGCCGCGGACGAGCGGUUCGUGUUCAAGGGCGUGAUGAGGCCCCCGGGCUGCAGGAUGAGCAUCAUUGAAGCGGUGUGGGCUCCCGAGGCGGGGAGCGAGGGCGAUGGCGAAGGUGGCAGGAUCGAGGCGGAUGCCCAGACGGAUGCGGGGUCUGCUGAUUCUGCUGUUGUUGUGGAGGUGAAGUGAUUGCGAUUGCGAUGCGAUUGCGAUACGAUGCAGUGUAUUCCUACCUUACCUUUGCCCGGAUGCGCGGGCCUCCCCUCCUGUGUGCGAUACCCAGUUCGUUUGUUAGAUUAUUUGUUUAGAUUUCUGUUCUGUCACAGAGAUCCCUGAGACGAGUCGAUAUGAUCGAUCUCGGGGAUCUAAUUAUAAUGCCUGCAC